UAUCAUUUAUUAACAGCAAAAAUAAUGCAGUCUGAGAAAUAAAUGCAGAAAUGCAAAUUAAAGUAAAAUGUUGAUAACUACCAAGUUGUUCAUUUUGAGUGUUCUGAAACUUGUAGGCCUAGCUUGUAGGCAAUUCUCCAGGUCCAGGCUGGUCACGUGGUACAAAUCCCAUCCAAUCAGCUGCUAGCAGAGGACGGCUCGUAAUUUUAAACAGACGAAGAAAAAACCAAACAGCAAGCGCUGAAUGCUUCUGACUAAAGGCUUUUAUAUCUAAAUAGAGGAAACGCUUUAUUUUAAACAUGGAUACUUUUCUUUAUUUUUAUGUCGAUUGAGGUGGGAAAUCGUUGAAAUUGUCUUUUAUAAACAUGAGCUCUCAUAUAAUCACCCCCGGACCGUACAGAGCAACGAAGUUGUGGAAUGAGGUGACGCGUUUGUUUCGGGCCGGCAUGCCCCUCAAGAAGCAUCGCCAAAACUUCAGGGUCUACGCUUGCUGCUUCACCGCCUCUUCUGCUGUGGACUGGCUGCACGAGAUGCUCCGCUGCAACAGCAACUUUGGUCCCGAUGUCACCAGACAGCAAACGGUUCAACUCCUGAAGAAGUUUCUAAAAAACCAUGUGAUUGAAGAUGUGAAAGGUCGCUGGGGUACAGAGGAUCUGGAGGACAACAACAUUCUUUACAGAUUUCCUUCCACGUCUCCUUUAAAGCCCAUCCCCUGCUUGGCUCCAGCCACCAGUACUAUUAGAAGAAGACCUUCACUCAGGGACAAGGAAGGUUUCUUUAAAUUCAAAUCCGUAAAGAAACAUGACAAAGAAUCUUUGGAAAAUGUAGAUCCUGCCCUCCAAGCAUGUCAUGGUGGCCAGAGUCAUCUUGCAGAUGAGCAGAAGUUGCAGAGAAGAGAGCUGACAGCAGAGGAUGAACAGGAAAUCUGGAGAGACAUCACCCUGACCCACUUGCAAAGGAUUCUGGGAGUUGUGUCCUUGAAUGAGGUCUUGGACCCUUGCUGCAUCAAUCCACAAAACAUCAUUCAUAACAUGACCAAAGUCAACAAACACGGAGUGGUUGCUCUGGAUGACAAAACCAACGACCUUCCUCACUGGGUUUUAUCUGCGAUGAAAAGUCUGGCCAAUUGGCCAAAGUAUGACAGCGAGCAGCCCUCCUAUCCCGGCUUUGAAAGAGACGUCUUCAAAACGGUGUCUGACUAUUUCUACAGCCUUCCACUCCCAUUGCUCACAUUUGAGCUCUAUGAACUGUUUAUUAAUGUCCUGGUGUUUUGUGGGUACGUCACGGGUCCAAGUAAGCUUCAGCGAGGGAAGCGAAAGAAUUCCGACUUCCCCUCAGUUGCUCCUCCAGCCAAGUCGUCUUUUCGCUCCACCGAGUGUCUCCUGCUGUCCCUGUUGAAGCAGGGCUCCUGCGAUGAAACCGAAUCGCCCAUGAGGGAGGUGAUCGGGCGGAAGCUUCAGUCACGACUCGAAGCCGAGAAAGCCGGCAGCCAGUUAAGAGGCAGCUGUACGAGCCUCAGCACAGUUGUUUCCGGGAGACCCAAAACCAGGAGUUUCUCGCUAGAAACCAUCCUAGAUGACUCCACUUCAUUCACGCAGCAACAUCUGUUUCAGUCCAACAGCAGCUUAGCAUCUUGUUCCCAUAGCGACAUGUGCCGGGAUGACACACCUACUAUCACAACCCGAGAAAAUCCCUUGGCCUUAACAUGCGAUUUAAGAACCCAAACUUUUAAACACGAAGGUGCUUUAACCAAUAAUGGGUUGUCAGGGUUUUCCUCAGCUUCACAAAGGUCGCGCGCCUUGCGACCUCAAAGCGUCGGCAGCUGCCUGGACAUUGUUAGCCACACUGGGGACAAAAGGGUCAAUGGGAUAAGAUGGCAGGGUCGAUCAACCAGCUGCCUCAACGUGAACACACCUGCAAACAACUCUUCUUCGGCUUCCCAUCCUUCCUUCUCUUCCCACCAUUCUUUCCCCUCCUCCUUUCUUCCUUCUACAACCAAAGUACAACCCUCUGGGCCCAGACCAGCCUCCAGCACCUCUAACGUCAGGAUGCUCCCUGCAUCUGCUGUUGUCCGGCGCUGCCAAAGCUCCAUGGAUGUGUCCAAGCCGCCGCGACCCAUUUCCCUGCUCAUACCGCCUGUUUUUGCGCCCAACCGAAACUUCCAGCUCCUUCAAACCAAAUCUGAGCACAGUGUCCUCCAGCCUCAGUGUGAGCGUGUUGCCAUUGAGGCUCUGCAGCUUUGCACUCUCCUGCUGCCUCCUGCAUCUCGCAGGAAGCUGCAGCUUCUCAUGAGGAUGGUGUCUCGCAUCAGCCAGAAUGUGGACAUGCCUCGUCUCCAUCCUGCAAUUAGCACUCGGACGUUGAUGGUUCACACAUUUUCAGGCUGUAUUCUGAGCAGCGCUGAAGAGUGUGACUUGGAUGAGCUGCUGGCUACCAGACUGGUGUCAUUUCUAAUGGACCACCAGCAGAGUAUCUUCUCAGUUCCAGAAUACCUGCUCAAUGCCAUCAGUGACCACAUACAGCAUCUGCGCACCGUGCAGGUCCCUGUGGAUUCUGUUCCCAAACCUGAGAGCGGGGAGGACGUUUGUAUUCCAGUGCCCAUGUACACAUUUUGUCACCAAAUAAGCGGCGCUGAGUUUGAAGAGCAAAAGCUAACUUCCUCUCAGAAAGCCAUGGAGGAGCUGCUGGAGAUCCUGCUUACUGAUCAGAACAUAAGUGAGAAGGACAGACGCAAGAAGCUGAAGCAGUUCCAAAAGCAGUAUCCAGACAUUUACAAGCGACGUUUUGCAUCCUCGGCACGAGAAAACAAGACGGACAGUAGACCAAAGAUCAAGCCUCCCCUCCUCUCCAUCAAGAAAAGCAAAGCUUUCAGCAUCAGGAGCUAAAGAAUUCAAGAAACUGCAUUCAGACACUCCACACAGGAGCUCGUUUUUACUAACAUUGUUACAUCCUCCAUGUUGUUUCAGUUGUGUUUUAGUGAGAGGGAUUCAGCGGGACAGAUUUAAAACGCGUAUUUGUUGGAUGUGUUUUAAUGUAUUGAUAGUUCUAUCAUUUUAAGACAAAUCCUCUUAAAAAGGACAUUCUUUAACAGUGAUUACAUGUUGAAACGAGGUGCAGUUCUGAAGUCACUGGUCAGUUUGGGAUUACCGGUAAAUUGGUCUUUAUUUAUAGACAUAUUUAUAAGAAUAGAACAUUGGGAGUGUUGCUAGUUUUCCAAAGAUUUUUGUUCUGCAUUUCCAGGUGGAUUUUUUUCUUUAUCUCUUUAUUGGGUUUUAAGUUUUUUUUUUUUUUUUAAGUAGGGAGUAUUUUAAAUUUGCACCCCAGGUGUUUCCAUGUUAAUAUUGUGACUAAAAGAGGUGAGUAGAUCUUCUCUAGUUUGUGCAAUUUACAUCAUGUUUAGAGUCUAUAAUUAACCAGAAACCUGAAACUAGUCCUGUAAAACAGGCACCAAAAUUGUUUGAUAUACAGAACUGUUUCAGUAUAAAAAAACUGAUGGCAAGGUGAGGAAAUAUUUCACUCUUUUUAACAAUCCUUUUUUGUGUGUUUAUUUUUUGCAAUGUGAAGUAUUCUUUCUAACUAGAUGUUAGUUUUUACCUCAUCAAAUUGCUUGAAGUUGAUUUCUUUAUUCAGAAUACAUAGGAGUGUAUAUUGUGCAGCUUCAACAAUUUAUGGUUUACUAUGCAAAAUCCUUGGAAAUAAACAUAUUUGUGACUGAAAUCAUU